UUUGACGCACUCGCGGACGCGGCGUGACCCGGAAAUCCUGUAUUUCCUCUUGUCGCAUCACCCGUGUAUCUUGUCUGUCAGCAAGCUGUUUCUUACAUAAACUAUUCGAUUGAAAAUAUGAAACACUUGACAGGGGAGUGACAAUAAACCGCCGCCGCAUUGAAGAAUGAGAUGCUGUUUUGUCGCUCGUGUUCGUAAACCGCAAUAAAGAAGAGGGUUCUGGAAACGCUGCUGUUUACAUCGAGACUAACACAUUUAUUUUGCUUCAGUUGCAAAGAACGGAGCGUCUGUGAAUAACUUCAUCUCUGAAUGUUGGGGAUGUGACCCUCUCUCACAUUAUGGUCUCAGCCACUCAUGUGAUCAUGACUGUCCAUCCUGUCCUGGUCCUGCUGCCCAUCCUGGGACUCUUUGUGCUUCCAUGUGCUCCCACACAUUCUCUGAACGGCCUCACCAUUGUGGCUAAUAAGACGGUGGCAAACCCAGCGGAGUGUGGGACUGAACUCUGUCCUCAGAACAAAUCCUGCACCAAUGCCUUUCUCUAUAAAGAAAAAAUGUGUUUUCUGAUUAGCUGUCCAAAUCAAACCCAGAACUCGUCUUGUGGAAAUUACACUAAUUUCAUCGACCUGUUAGUGGAACAAGAUGCAAACUCAACAGACUCUGUCCAUGUGAACAAAACUCAGACUGACGAAUCAGAACUUCCCCUUCAGUCUUCUCCCAACCAAAACUCUUCCCAACCCACUUCAAACAAUUCUUCAUCCAAUACCACUCAAACAUCAACACCUCAAACUAAUGUCUCAAACUCAACAAUAACCCCAACAGCGACUGUUUUUCAAAACAAUAUAACCACAGCGCCAACCCCCACAACACCGAAGCCUGCCACUACUGUCGCAGUGCCAAAUAUAACCAUUCCAACACCAGCCAUAACGUCCACAAAACCAACCACGACCACCUCUCCAACAACAACCAGCACAACGACAGUUGCACAAACCGCAAGACAGCCUUCGCCAACAGGGACAAAUUCAUCCACCAACAUCUCACCAUCAGUGCCUACAACACCUCCAUCCAUUCCUUUAACCAAACCACUCCAAACUUCUCCCACUCCAACAGCCGUUGAGAAGCCACCACCAAAAACCUCAAUGAACCUGCCAGUAGUGGUUCCCACACUGCCUAAAGACGUUCCCAAAGGGGGCAAAGCUAUAGUGGAGGUGGCCGGAGACCCUUUGACCAGCCACCUAUUAAACACAAGCUCCCUAUUGGCCGUUCUACUUUUCGGCCUACUGUUUUUUGUGGUCGCUGUGGCUCUUUUCCUCAAACAAGCGUACGAGAGCUACAGGAGGAAGGACUACACUCAGGUUGACUAUCUCAUCAAUGGAAUGUACGCCGAUUCGGGGGUUUGAUUUCAUUGUUUACGUUUGGUAGCAGAUCGACUUUGGUAGCACGCAUUUCGGGUUGAACAAGAUGGUUUGGCGCGUAUGUUUCAUUUCUAUGCAGACUUGGCUUCCACGUAAUUUUUGGCACCACGGGGCUGAAGCCUUAGUAUUACCUUAGCCCUCAUCCUUCGUUCGACGAAUGUCAUUAAAUAAGGGAUUCAUCGUGCAAUAUUUGGAAAUGUCCGGUCUGGUGUGUCACGUCCAGUGUUUCAUCCGCAGCGGGCGAGUUGGCUGCAAUAAUUGCCUUUUUUAUGUGUGUCGGAACGGUUCAGGAACGUUCAGAGAGUCGUUUAUGAAUUAUUGCCUCUUUUCGUAUUUGUACGCGUGAGUGAGGAACAAAUGCCAAACCAGGAAUCGUGGAACAGAAGCACAUUAUCGUAAAGCCAAGGGAAUAACUCAGCCAUUGCGUAUUUGGUGUCAGGAACAAAAGAUAAGUAAGGUAUGAAGUGUGAUCGUUUGAUAUGUGCCAAAUUGAUUUUGUAAGUCUUAAUAGCUGCACUGUUAAAAAAAGAAAAAGAGAUAUAUAAUAAAGAACUUACUUUGCACUCGGU